GUACUGACUGACCAUGGCGGUCCAUGGCGUGCAGACGCCCUCCGAAGUCGUCAAGAAGGCCACAAUGGCCCUGCUGGCAGCUACAAAGGCCGUUCACGCACAAGUGCCUAAUGGAGAGCCACUUGUGUCCGCUGCCGCUGCCUACGCUCGUGCCCUUGGCACCAAGCUCCAGCUGAAGACCUCGUCGUACGCGUGCGCCGAAGCCGCUCUGGCCACGGGCGUCGCCGCAGGUCUUCCGCAAGUCAUCGCCGCCCUUGUCGCCUGGCGCGAGGCGCACCCGGACGAGGCGCAUACGCCGGCGGUGGCCUCGCUCGCCGCUGCCUGGGCUGCUGCCGCUGCCGACGUCGGCUGCGUCGCCGGCGACCUCGCCCAGCACACGGUCGCCAACGCCGACCUCUCCGCCGGUCUCUCGCGCCGCCCGGCCGCCUUGCCUCCGUCACCGGCGGCGUCGUCGUACGCGCUUCUGGCAACCAUACUCCGCGCGCUACUUGCGCCCGACGCGGCUGACAUCGGCCCCGUCGUCCGCGUCGCCUCGGCAGGCCUCCUUGCUGAGGCUGCCGCUGUCUUCAAUCCAGACGCUGUCGAGUCAUGGGCAACGCAGCUCGACAUGCUCUGUGGCGCCAUCGAGACCUACGCCGACGACCCAGCGAGCCUUCCGCGACCGGCAUCGGGUCCGCCGCUCCUUCUGCACCUUCGCUCGUGGCGCCAGCUGGCGUCGGACGUCGCCGCCGCCGCGCCCACCGCCUCCCUCUACUCGGCAGCCACCUACUUUGCCAGGCUCUUCAACAAGCUCGUCGCUCACAUCCGCGACAACGGCGCUGUCGUCUCUAACCUCUUCCAUUACCAAAAGAUGUCGGCCUCGCUCGGCAUGCCCAAGAAGGUUGUUGUCUCGCUUGUCGAGGCCUUUGCCGCCAUGCGGACCGCCGGCGCAGACGUCGCCUCCAACCCGACCGCCGCGGAGUGGACUCGCAUCCGCUCGGUCGUCACCGAGCUCCUUCCGCUCGCCGUCGAGACCAUCACCACCUGCACCCGCAUGCAGGCCGCGCUCCCACCUUCGCCAUUCACUGACGUCCUUCUCACUCUGCUCAAUGAGCUCUGGGCUGUCGCCCGCGUUCUCGGCAAGGCGCUGGCAACCUUUAACGCAGCCAUCACCUCCCCGCGGCUUCUCUCUGACGACGCAUGGGAUCCGCUGCUCAAGGUCAUUGUCGGCCUGGCAUCCGCCGCAGAGUCUGCAGACGCUGGCUUGCUUGCGCCGGCCAGCUAUACCGCAGGGUCGGCCGCCGACGCAAAGGCUGCCGUCAAUUCCCAGCUGGAGGUCGUCCUCGCCGCUGUCGGUAGCCUCGGCGAAGCCAUCGUCGACGAGGUCGUGUGGCCCAUCUGUGCCACCCACGGCGCCGCGCUCGCUGACCUCGUGCAAAAGGUGACCCAGCUGACGCUCAUGAGCGUUCGGCUUGCCCGCAGCGUGCCGAAUGAGACCGGCACAGCCUUUCUGGGCUGGAUUCGAUUCGUUGUCUCUGAGCUCGUUGCCGUCAUCCACUUCGCUGCCUCGGCACUCCACGAGUCGUCGCCGCCGGCGUACGCCGUCUGGCUCGCGCAGAUGAACGCUGACUCUACCGCCGCCGCUGCCGCUGCCGGCUCCGGCAUGGCCGCCGUAAGCACCGAUGACGACACCGCGCUCCUCGGCGGCGGUGCGUACGUCAUCGGUGAGCUCUGUGCUGCUCUCCAGGCUGCGUUUCACCCCGCGCUCGCCAGCGAGCUGGUCCUCGACGGCCUGCCGCUGAUCACCACAGCUGCCGCCGACGCCGCUUCCGCCGUCGUUACUUCUAUUUCACCGUACGUGGUGCCGGCCGGGAGCCUGGUGCCGGCGGCGGUUCUCGUUGCUGAUUCUGUGCCUGUGGCGAGUGGGCUAGGUGCGAGUGAGGCCGGCGGCGGUGUCACGCCAGGCCUUGUCGCGUGUGUUGCGCUGGCUAGAGUCGACGCGCUAGCGGCGGCGAGUGCCAAGCUCGCCGAUCUCGGUUCUAAGCAAGAUGUCCAGCUUUCGACGCUGGUGAUGCUGGGAACGGAUGCGGUCGAGGCUGCCACCGCUCUCGUGACCCUGUGUUCGGCACUGGGCGCAUCGCUUGACCCGGUCCGCGGACGGACUCUCGCGGCGCUCGGGGCACAUGGCAAGAUUGCGGCGUCGGUCCUGGUCCGGUUCGGUGAGUCGGCAACAGGCUCGCUCCCGCGGCUCUCCAAAGCAGUCAUCGAGCCGCUUGUCUCUGGUCUUGCCCGUCACUGCACCCGAGUGCUCGAUGUGCUCUGUGGCCCGUCAGCCAUCGCUCCUGAGCUCCUUGCACAGUGGGUCGAGGGUUGGGGCGCGCCAUCGCGCGAGGCCGUCGACGCCCGCGUGGCUGAGCUGGCGCGCGCAUGUACCGCUGCCGCCGCCGUCGCAACCAGCGAUUCAUCUGCUGUCGGUGUUGGGAGCAGCGGUGCCGGGCCGGCGAGCUCCCGUGGCGCCGAAGCGCCCUCGGCGCCGGUCGACAUUGACGCCCUUGUCUCGGGUCUCCAGUCGGCUAUGUGGCGCGGGCCGCAGGGUGUGGCGGCCUCGAUGGGCAAUGUGACGCCAGACCUUGCCGAGGAGCGAACUCGGCUGACCCGCGCACUGGACGAGCUCCGCGAGGGCAACACCGAGCUGCUGCGACUGAUGACUGAGGAUUCGCUAGUCUCAGGCAUUGUGCUCGACGAGGUCAUUGGCGCGCCACUCAAGGCUCUUGUCCUUGGGUGCAUGCAGGUCUUUCUUGUCCUGCCGAAUGCAACGGCAACUACAGCGGGCGACUCGCACUACGCCAACGUGGCCAAGAUGGGCGUUGCGCUUUGCUCGGCGUAUGCGCGGGUCUUUGACCUCGGCUCUGUUGCGCCGUCGGGCAAGCACCUGCUGUUCGCGGCGCAGCGGCUGGAGGCCCUCGACACUCUUCGGGCGGUCCACGAGCAGAUCCGUGACAACGGGCGGAGUUUUGUGGCCGACGUGCCGGUCAUCGACCUCGGCGCCGGAUCGCUGGCAAACCAGCUCGGCGGCGUGGCUGAAGCCCUGGUGGCCGCGCUAGACGAGGCGCGGAAGACACUCGCGUCACAGCCGUCGUACGCGCUCACCGCGCUCUCGUCGGUCGGCAGCAUGCUCGACGCCAUGGCCAUGUCGACCUCGCACCUUGUUCGCCAAUGGCCGCGGUGUGAUGACGAGGCUGCAGCCGACAAGCUCUGGCAAAACGUGGCGGCCCUCGGCCGUGGUGCCGGGCUGGCUCCGUCCGCAGCUGCGCCAUCGUACCUGGGCGUGGUGACGGUGGCGCGCGAUCUGCUCGAGCUGCCGCAGUUUGGCGGGAGUGGCGACGAGCUUCUGGUAGCAGUGGCACGGCUUGUUCCGCAGCUUGCGAGUGGUGUCGAGGCGACUGGGCAGCUGCUGCGCUCGGCGGCGCAGCCGGUUGUUGAUGUGGCCGGCGAUAGCAGGGACGUCGACGUCCUAGCCACCGUGGUUCAGCUCGUGGUGUUUGCCCGCGAGGUGAGCCAGGUGCUCGGCAGUGUCUUCCGAGCGGUGGCGCUUUCUCUGGCUACCCACAUUGCGCCAGCUGGCGUCGGCAGCAGUGCUGCGCUGGAAGCGCCAAUCAGCUCAGGCCUGGUGGGCGUCCUUGUGGCGUCGCUGGCAGCGUGGCUGGCGCCGAGUAGCGACGGCGGCAUCUUGCGCUGUCGGCCUCGGACAGGUGCCUCGGGCCGGUCUGGCCGGGGCGAUGCUGCGCUCCGCUCGCUCGUCGAAAUGGGCGAGCGGCUGGGACGUGGCUCGCCCGGCGGUGAGGUGGGUGAGACCAGCAGCGCCUCGUGCAUCACGUCGCUUGGAGUGGAGACGGCGACCAAGGCCAGCUUUACAACGUUCUGUCGACUCGCCACCGGCGUGCAGCUCGCGGAAGCAUCCGAGCUCGCUGGGCAAGACGCUUGUGCGCUUGUGAGCGCGGCUGCGCAGGUGAGUCUGGCGAGUCUGACGUGUGCGCUGGUGGUGACAGCGUCGCGGCGAGUGGCGGUGUCGUCGGUAGGCAGCGGGCUCACGCCGCAGGCACGGGUCUGGCUCCGUGGCGCAGUCAAGAUUGGGACGCUGGGUGCCGAAUGGUGUGUGGCAGCGGGCCGCGGACAGCUCGAUGUCGCCGGACUCGGGGGUGCCGCGCCAGCGCUUGCGCUUGUGGUGCCUGCGUUUGACUCGUUGGGCGCGGUCAAGUCGCGCGAGGCGACGCUGGUGGUGGAACGGUUGGAGGAUGGGUUGUGCGUUGGGUUUGACGAGGCCAAGCGUGGGCUAGUCAAGCUGCAGGGCCUGGUGCCUGCGGCUGCGCAAGCGAUGCAGAUCCGGGCGAGCGGCGGGGGCGGGAGCGAGAUGGAGGCCGCGCGGCAUGUUGUGGAACCGUUUGUGACCGGACGGGUCCUUGCCCAAUGGCUGGGCGGACUCGACGCGGUGCUGCUACGGGCGAUGCAGCGGGUUCUCGGCCUUCUUGCAGCAGCGUCUGUGGCCGAGGCUGUGGAGGCGCUCACGGCGUGUCUCCCGCCGCUGUGCGUUCUUGCGGGAUCUGUGAGCAUGCACGUGGUGGCGGGAUCAGGCGGCCCGCAACAGGGCUCGCUGACCGUGGCCAAGUACCUGAGCGGUGCAUUCAAGGCUCUGCUCGAGUGCGUGCACAUUCUCUGGUUUGUGGUGAAUCAGGGUCGGGCAAGCGGGCGGUCGGCUCAGUCGGUGCUCUUCUCGCCGGCUGUGCUGGCCAAGCUCGGGCUCAAGAUCCACAACUUUGCGCUUGCGCUGACGGAUGCGGACGGAAUGAUGUGGCUCUCGCUGCGGUCCAAGGUUGCCGCCAAGGUUGCGUUGCAGCUGCUGGACGUUGUAGCGCCACCGGAUGCUGAGUUUGAGCGGCUGGCGCGGCUGUAUGGAUCGGGAGCAGCGCGGGCGGCGUCGGAGGAGGUGCUGCGGAGCACGAGCGAGACGACGCUGGCGGCUCACGUCCGAGUGGGGCUGGUUCGAACCCUCAACUCUGCGGUACCUGUGCUGGAGGCGAUCCAAAAUGCACCUGCACAGGUGAGCAGCCACGCGGCGACGCAUGCGCGGCAUCUGCAUGUGACGGUACUUGCGUGCUUUUGUGCGGCGUCGGGUCCGCGAGCUCGUGGCGAGAUCCGCGACGAGGCCGAGGACCUGGGCCGCGAGCUGCUCGAUGUGGGUACCGAGCUGGAAAUGGUGAUGGGGCGGUUGAUGAAGGUCAACUUUGCGAUCAGUAUGGAGUCAUCGCGGGAGCAGUACCUGCUCGUGCGGCUACUGGGCCGGAUGGCGCGGUAUGCGCAGGACGCGUCGCACGGGCUGCUGUUUGACGGACAGGGCUCGUCUGAGAUCAACAACAGCGCUGGAGCGAUUGCCAAGCUCUGCUCUUCACGGAUGCAGGUGUUUGGUGCGGUCAUUGCGCGCGAGCUCGAGCUCCAGGCGGGCGAGGUGCUUGUCGAGGUCCGGCCCGGCAUCGGCGCGGCAGAGGACGGCGAUGGGCGGGCGCUGGUGAGCCACGCCAAGAACAUCGGAGUCGGCGUGCAGAGGAUGGUGAGUGUGCUGGACGAGGUUCGCCAGGUGCUGGUGGCGGCCAAUGUGGAGAUGCGCGGCGACAUUGGCGAGCUCUCGCGCGAGCUGACCGCGUCGGGCUCGGGCGUUGUCCGUGUUGCGGCCGAGUGCCAGAACUCGCUCGGCGAUGAGGCGGUGGUAACCCGUGUCCGCGAAGCGCUGAACAAGCUUGUGGGUCAAGUCAACAGCACGCUCGCGUUUUUCACGCUCCGGGCCGAGCUCCGUGAGUUGCAAGAAGUCGCGGUUGCGUCGCUCAAGAAGAUCUCGUCGGGCUUUGCAGGUGAGCUGCGAGCGCUGCUGUACGCGAUCGGGCGGUCGGGCGCAGCAACGGCUGACAUGCUCGGUAUUCUCAACGCCGGAAGCAACCAGGCGACGAGCGUAAUUGAGACCACGCGGCAGAGGAUCGCUGACGUGUCGGCGACGGCCAAGCCGUAUCUUCUUGGACUCCCGUCGGACGAGCUCCGCGACCUUGUGAUGCGACCGCUCAAGGUGUACCUGCAGAGCGCGAUUUCACUGUUCCGCGAGUGCGUAGCCAUGACGCCGGCUAACUUUCUCUUCCACUGCGAGUCGAUCAAGGGCAAGGCCCACGUGGUGUCGGUCACGCUCUCGGCGCUCCUGGUCUCGAUCUUUGACACCGAGGAGAAACGGCAGCUCUUGCUCGAGCGGGCGGCGCUGGAGCAGGAUGCAGCCAAGGCUGCCGAGCGCGAGCGGAUCCGGGCCGAGCUCGAGCUGCGCGACAAACUCGAGCGCGAACGGCUGGAGCGCGAGCGGCUCGAGCGGGAGCGACUGGAGCGUGAGCGGCUCGAGCGCGAACGGCUCGAGCGGGAGCGAGUGAUGCGGGAGAAGCUUGAGAAGGAGCGGGAGCUCGCUGCCAAGCGCGAAGCAGAGGCUGCGGCUGCCGCCAAGGCCGAGGCCGAGGCACGCGCAGCUGCUGCAGCCGCUACAACUGUGGCGGUCGAGGCCAAGCCUGAGCCCGCUGUCGAUGACGUCGAUGCGCUACUCGGCGAGCUGGCCGGCGAUACAGGAGACAGCGCGGCCAAGUCCGAACCCGAGCCCGAGCAUGCGGUCGAUGACGUGGAUGCGCUACUCGGCGAGCUGGCCGGUGAUGCAGGAGACAGCGCGGCCAAGUCGAACCCGAGCCCGAGCAUGCGGUCGAUGACGUGGAUGCGCUACUCGCCCGUGGUCGAUGGCGUGGAUGCGCUCCUCGACGAGCUGGCCGGCGAGAGUAGGUCCGAGCCGGUUGCUGCUACAGCCGAGGCCCAGGCGGGCUCGGAAGCGCAGCAAAAGCCUGUUCGGAAGGAUACAGCCCAAGUGGUGGACGACGUCGAUGCGCUGCUCGGCGAGCUGGCUAGCGAUGUGGGAGUGGGCGAGGGCCAGCGCAAGACCACCGAUCAGGCUGUGGAGGAUGUCGACGCACUGCUCGGCGAGCUGGCUGGAGAGGCGGGCCCAGGUGACAACACAUGCGUGAGUGCGAGUGCUGCAGCUGCCGGUACGCCGGAGCAUGACGAUGUCAACGCCCUGCUCGACGAGCUUGGCGGGGCCGAGCCCGACGAGGCGGUUGAAGAUGUGGACGCGCUGCUGAACGAGCUCGGCGGCGGCGAUGGCAGCAGCAGCGUGAGCAAGCCGCAGCCGAAUGUGGGCGGCGAAGCAGAGGAGGCGAACGUUGACGUGCUACUCGGCGAGCUGAGCCAGGCCCGGAGCGCGCCAGAGGAGUCUGUGGAUGACCUGCUGCAGGAUCUCGACCGGCGGUCGGGUGGGCGAAACAAGUCUGUGCGCGCACCUACCAUUAUGGGCAUGUCGGCGCUGGAGGCGCUUGUUGGCGACAUCGAGACCAAGCCAGGUGGAGCGGGGCGGUCGCGCAAGUCGACCCUCAACGCGCUCUCGGUCAACGAGCUGCUCUCGACACUUUCUGAGAUGGAGACGCCGCGGUCGACGCCCUUUGCAGCUGCGACGCCGGCCGAGUCGGCUGACGACCAGGAGGACGUCGACUCGCUCCUCGCCGAGCUGGCAGGCAAGCUCGAACCUGUGACGGCGCCCGACGAGGGCGAGGAUGAGAUCGAGCGACUGCUCCGUGGUUUCUCGGCGGGCGGCGAUGCUGCGAGUGCUGGCACGAGUGGGUCGGCCGGAGACAGCGCUCCGGCCGCAGCGACUGUAGCGGGCUCUGGCGAGUCGAGCACGCAGGCGUCGUCGAUCUCGAUCGAGGCGCUGCUGGCCGAGAUGGAAGGACCGCCGCUGACAACCGGGCCCGAGAGCGGCAGCGGUGGCAACGAUGGCACGCCGGCGUCUGCCUUGCCAAAGCACGUGCGGCGCAAGCCGACGGUGCGUCCGUCAUCGGUCUCGCUCGUGGAGCUCCUCUCUGUCCUCGAUGACGAGCAAGAGUCGAGUGAGAGUCGGGCAACGCGUGAGACUGCAGCCGGGGUCGGGGCGAGCGAAAGUGUCGCUCAGGGCGGCGGUGACGACGACGACGACGACAUCGACGCGCUGCUGUCGGCACUGGAGAACGAGACGGCGCAGAUGGACGUGACCGACACGCUGCUGAAGGACGUUGACGAGCUCAUCAACGAGGCGCCGGGCGGGCUCGACGCUGAUCUUAUCAAUGCGCACCCAGAAGACAUGCUUGAGGGCUUGUUGGGCGACAUGAUGGGCGGCGGCGGAGCCGGGUCAGACGGUGGAUCUGGACACGACGAGGACGCGUUCGGCUCUGUCGGCGACACCAUGUCGAUUCUUCUGGCGGAGCUGGAAGGGAUCGAGGCGUGA